UAAAUAUCAUACACCUUAUCCAAAAAAUUGGACCGAAUUCAAAAUAUAUGCUAUUGAUCUAGAUACGAGCAAUGGAUAAAAAUAACAACGAAUCCAAAUCUACUGUACCUGUUAUCAACAUGGUGGAUGAAACAAAGCCACCACCAUCAUCAUCACAACCGUCUGCUUCAUCCAUGAUGACUAAGCCAUUAACAAUUAGUGAACAAAAAUGUUCCAAAACGGAACGAGAAAAUGGUUCAAAUUUCGAUGAAACUGAUGAAGAACGUCGGUUACGUGAAGAACGAGAAAUAGCGGAACGAAAUGAAUUAUCGAUGAUUCGUAUGCUUGUUCGGCAUAAUAAGCAGAUUGGCAUCGUAGGCAAUAUGAACAUUUUCAAACCAUCCGAAGAAGAUGAACGUAUUAAACGGAAGCCUGAUAUCUGUCCAAGAUCAACAAGUGAUGGUUUAGGUGCAAUAUCGAUUGCCGGAUCUAUUGCAAGUAGUGAUGAAGCUUUUUUUCAUCAAUACCAACGUGAAGAUCUUCGCCGCACUGUUUCAAUGGUAUCAUGGGGUUCUGGUCCAGUUCAAACGCAGAUUAUGACUAAACGUUAUAAAUUGGUUACCUCGGCUGUUCUUUGGUUCUGUUAUUAUUCACUUGCUUUGAAUGAUUACAUUUUUGGUCCUACAUUUAAUGAUCUUUCAUCAAUAUUGGGCGUUCCAUUCGAUCGUAUUGCCUAUUUUGUUGUUUAUCGUCAAUUGGCUUAUACGUUUGGAUCAUUGGGUGGCAUCGCUUUUGACUAUGUAAAUCGGCAGUUAUUUUUGAUUGCUUUACUACUUUUGUCUGGCGCAUCAUUGAUGGUCACUCCAUAUGUUCCAGAUGUUCUGUGGCUGUUUCUGAUUGCCGUUGUAAACGGUUUUGCUGCCGGUGCCUGCGAUGUUGGUUUUCAUGUUUGGAUUCUUGAAAUGUUUCAGAAUGGUGGUGGACCAUUACUUCAAGCUUUGCAUUUCUCCUUUGGUCUUGGUGUUGCUACUGCUCCAUUAAUAUCAGCUCAGUUUUUGCAUUCAGGCGAUUCCGAAGGAUGUUCAUCUAGUGAAUCAGUUGAAAUAGAAAGCAUUUUGUCCGAUGAUGAAAUUGAACACCGACGGCGGACACUUUUCAUCCCAUAUUUGAUUACCGGUCUAAUUGUAUCUGCUGGUGGGAUUAUUCUUCUUGGACUGUUCUUAUAUAAACGUUAUGUGCCACCUAAGGAGCGAAAAUUACCAGCUUCAUUUGAUCAGCAAAUGCCUAAGCAGCUUACACGAUCGGAAAAGAUUGAGCUUUGGAAGCGUUCAUUGCCAUCCUUCUACAUAAUAUCGAUUAUUAUUCUUGGCUCUGUCAUGCUUUGGUCUUACUAUGGACUUGAGGUUACGUUUUUUCAAUUUUUGGCACAAUUUUCGAACGCUGUUCCAUUGCCAAUACAUGGCACAAUGUCAGCCAAUCUGGAAGCAGCAACCGGUUCUGCGUAUGCAAUUGGUGGUCUCUUGGCAACUUGGGCUUCUUUCCACUUUCAUCCAGAACACAUGAUUUAUCUGAAUUUUAUUUUAAUGAACAUUGGUAACUAUAUUCUUUUGAGUUGUUCUGAAUCAUCAUUGUUAUGGUUUUGGAUCGGUAACAUUGUCAUCGGUUUUGGAUUUUCAUCAUGUUAUGCUACUGCAUACACCUUUCUAGAACAUCAGAUUAAUGUUACGAAUGUGAUUGGAUCAAUAUUUUUGUUUGCAGGAGGAGCUGGUACGGCAAUAUUUCCUAUUCUUUUGGCUGAAAUCUGUUCAAAACCAUUGUAUCUUGUAUAUCUAAGUUUUUUCUGUUCCAAUUUUGCCUUGUUACUGUUUAUCGUUAUGCAUUUCAUUACGAAAAUUCGUCAACGACAAGUAAAAUUGAUACAGGAUCGUUUAAUGAAAAAUCCGGCCAUGUUGACCAAAAUCAAACAACGUACCUUAUCGCAAUUGUCUUUUCCACCGCAAUGAGAACUCCAGACAUUUCAAUACAGUUUUUUUUCAAUUUCAGUAAAAAAAUACAAGCAGAUUUUAUAAUCCCA